AUGUACAGUGAGUCGAUGCGAUCAACUUUCUGCCUUUGUUGGACUUACUUUUUGCCUCAUGGAUACUUUAGGGUUUUCACAUUUUCCGACUGACUAGAAAUUGCAUGUUUGGAUAUUUUGGCCACUAUGUCAGUAUACUGCGGAGAAGCCGUCCAGAGGCGAGAGCAUCGUGGUGAGUUCAGGGGUUAGCUGGAUAGCUGGGAGAUUGUAACUCCAGCUGCUCCAGCUGCUCCAGCUGCUGGGAUGCUGCGGAAGAGCAGCAGCACUGGUGGCUUUGGGACAAAGCAAGCACAGGGGCCGCCACGGCACCAGUCCAGACCCGAGCUGGAGCCGGAGCCUCUGCCGGCCAGAUCCGCCAACACCUGGGCCAGGGGGCGAAGCACCAAGAACCCCAACCCUCUGCACAAUGCGGGGCUCUCCACCCGCUUGAUGGGGGCUCCGGGGGUCGACCCCGACUACGUGAUGCAGCUGGUGAAUGAUGUGAGGGGGUUUGCGGAUGUGCUGCUCAGCCUCAAGGAUGCUUUCCAGCACACAGAAAACCUGGAAGGUCUUCAGGAGGUGGUGCAGGAACGUCUGGCUGAGUUACUGCGAGUCCUCAAGGGCGUCAUCGGUAAACAUCAGACCCUCAACUCGGCAGAUAUCCUCGGAGCCGCUGGCACGGUCAUCGCUAAGGUCAAAGGCCUUAACUUCAAGGAAGUGAACCCAGAAAACAAAAAAGCUAUAUUUGGCGAAAUAUACACAUCCAUUGACACUUUGGCAUUCACAUUCGGCAAUGUAGUUUCUGACUUCCUUAUGGGAGAUGUGGACAGCAGCUCAGGGUUGGGGAUCCCCCAGACCAGGCGAAGCAGGUCUUUCGACAACCUCUCUGUGGAUCCUGAGGAAUAUAUUCCAGAGAAAAGUGAUCUAGUGGGUUCAGAGGUGCCACCGUCACGGGAGGAAGAAGUCGACUUAACCCUGCUGAAGAAUGACAGCGGGGUGGAGUCCGCGCUGCUCUACGCCAAGGCGUGCUCCAAGUACAUCAAAGACCUGCUGACCUGGAUGGAAAAGCGUCUGGCCAUGGAUAUUGAAUAUGCUAAAAGCUACGCCAAAAUGGCUGAGUCUGCAAGGACACUGGCCAGUCAACAGGACUACAUGGCAUUCAGCGACGUCUACGUCUCAACGUUCAAGAGCGACAUUGAAUAUAACCAGCUGCUUAUUCAAACCGCCGUGGCUCUUCAAACCAAUAAAUUCAUCCAGCCUCUUCAGACUCGCAAAAAUGAGCUGGACAAGAUGAGGAGGGAUAUCAAGGAGCAGUGGCAGAGGGAACAGAAGAAGAUGCAAGAGGCAGACACAACCUUGCGUAAAGUGCGAGCGCUGAAGGCCCAGAGGAGAGAGGAGUACCAGAAAGCUCACUCGUCUGCAAACCGCUCCCAGGAGGAGCUGCAGUCCAACGCUGGCAACAAGCAGCUGGAGAAGAAGAGGAAGAUGGAAGAGGAGGCUCUGCAGAAGGCUGAGGAGGCCCAGGACCAGUACCAGAGCUGUAUGGCUGACGCAGGCGUCAGAAAGAUGGAUCAAGCCAACGCUAAGCGCACAUUCCUCACACAGAUCCGAGAGAUGAUCUUCCAGUGUGACCUCACGCUCAAAGCUGUGACAGUGAACUGGUUUCAGAUGCAGCAGGCGCAGAACGUGUCGGUUCCUGCCCACUUCCAGGUCCUGACCGACAAUGCCAAGUUGUACGAACCGGGAGAAUGUUACGCCGAGUUCGUCCGAAACCUGCCCAAACAUCUGCCCAAAGAGCGCCUUCACUCAGACUCCAUCUCCUCCGACAUCUCCAGGUUUGGGUUCAACAAGAGGUCAGUGGGCAGCACACAUUCCUCCCAGGGCAACCUGUCACAGGUGUCCAUCACGUCGUGUGAAGUGUUGAGCGGAGAUGACGGGGACAACCCCCUGCGCCGGCCCGCAGGCAUCAGCGAGCAGCGCUCCAACAGCAGCACGGACAUACAGGGACUGAGGAGCCAGGCUCCGCUGAAGGCCUGGGCCUCCGGCAGCCAGGGCAGCCAGGGCGGCAUGUGCAGCGACUCGGAGAGCGCUGGCGGCAGCAGCGAGUCGCGCUCCAUGGACUCCCCCACUGCUAGCCCAGGUGACUUCAAGCGCCGGCUGCCCAGAACUCCUUCCACCGGGACCAUGUCUUCAGCCGACGACCUGGACGAGAGGGAGCCGCCUUCCCCCUCAGACAACGGUCUGGCGGAGAUGGUGAUGGAGACGGCUAGUUCUCCCGGUCCCUUCCGAAAUGCUCAGAUGUCCAAAGCUGCUCAAACCCAUAAGCUAAGAAAACUACGAGCCCCAUCCAAGUGCAGGGAAUGUGACAGUCUGGUUGUUUUCCACGGAGCCGAAUGUGAAGAGUGCUCGCUGGCCUGCCAUAAGAAGUGUCUGGAGACGCUCGCGAUCCAGUGUGGUCACAAGAAGCUCCAGGGCAGACUACAGCUGUUCGGUAUCGACUUUGCUCAAGCAGCAAAAAACAGUUCGGAUAGUAUUCCUUUUAUCAUCAAGAAGUGCACGUCUGAGAUCGAGAGCCGAGCCCUCAACAUCAAGGGCAUUUAUCGCGUGAAUGGGGCCAAAUCCCGCGUGGAAAAGCUGUGUCAGGCAUUUGAAAAUGGAAAGGACUUGGUGGAGCUGUCUGAACUCUCGCCUCACGACAUCAGCAACGUCCUCAAGCUCUACCUGAGACAGCUGCCGGAGCCGCUGAUCCUGUACCGAUUCUACAAUGAUUUCAUCGGCUUGGCCAAAGAGUGCCAGCGGGCGAUCGUGGAGGAGAAAAAGAGCAGCGAGCCGGAAGACAAAGCCGUGACGAGCGCCAAGCUGACCAGAGUCAUUUUGAAGAUCAGAGACCAACUACACCGGCUUCCCAAAGCCAACUACAACACGCUGAGCUUCCUCGUCGCCCAUCUAAACACGGUCACUAAACAGGCCGAGGAGAACAAGAUGACGGCGAGUAACCUGGGCAUCAUCUUCGGCCCCACCCUGAUGAAGCCUCGGCAGAUCGACGCGGAGGUGUCGCUGUCCUCCCUGGUGGACUAUCCCUACCAGGCGCUGAUGGUGGAGCAGCUGGUGCGACACUUCCACACGGUCUUCGCCCCACCGCCCCUCCCCGGUUCUAACAUCGGCACCACGGGCCUCGCUUCUCCUAAACUGACCCCGCAAGAGAAGGUGCGACAGCUCAGCAGACACUCCACCUCCCUGAUGGACAUCAAAGAGAGCACCAAAGCAUACAAGAGAUACUCGUCUAUAAUCCCGUCCUCCCACAUCCUGGACGAGGUGCAGGAGGUCCAGCCGGGGAGAGACGUGGCGGAGGUUUCAGCGGCGGACAAACCCAACGGGGACGUGCAGAAGUCCACCCUGGUGUUCGGCCGUCUCCACCACACCGCCACGUCCUCAUCCGGCUCCAGCGCGGCUCCCAAGGUGCAGCUCCGGCCCCAGCGCGCCAGACACACGUUCCGGCCCAUCAGCAUGCCGCUGGAGCGCCUGCCCGCCCCGCCGCAGGGCUUUGACGACGUCGACGGAAACUCAACGAUCACAGAAACUAUUCCCGAGACGCCGGAGCCGGAGCGGGCUCGCCUGGGAGGCUCGUCCAGGGUGAGCACCUAUUACAUCACUCCGUUCAUCGACACGCAGACCAUGCAGAGGAAGGCGUGGGACAGGAAGUACAAGCACUAUGACGUGACGCCCAGGACUGCUAUGAUAGUGGCCAGCUCCGGGCUGCAGCCCGUAAAGACGGCGGCAACCUCGGCCUCCGCUGCCCCCGCCACGAGCAGCCUGAGCUCAGCAUUCUCCACCAACCCCUACUCACUAUCAACCAAGUCUGUCUGGACUUCUAAAAGGGAAAAAGACGCUGAAAACACAGGCAGCGAGUCUAUAAGCUCAGCAAACCUUCCACUAACACUCAGGGCACCACGGACUCUUCAGCCUCCACCUGGGACUUUCUACAAGCCCCCACCUUCCUUUAACAGUAAGGCUCGGACCCUUGCUAACUGGACUACGACUACGGCCGCCGCCGGCAGCAGCAGCAGCAGCCAGUCGCCCCCGCCCCCCUCCAGCCCCGGCCCCGCCGCUCCCACGCAGCCCCGGCUGCAGACACACGACUCCACGGACAGCGGCUUCGACCCCGGGGUCUCCACCUCCACCACCGUCUCGCCCCAACAGUCGCCCCCCCCCAGCAGCCCCGACGACCUCAGCCCCAGCGACACCAAACCGCUCUACCAAAGACUGCGGCCGCGCGGGGUGCAGGAGCUCGAGCACAGAGAAGCUCAUUUUGUCUAAUGCCAAAAAAAAAAAAACCAUAUCAGCUGUAAAUAUUAAUCUGUACAAACAUUUUUAUCAGAAAACUGAGGAUAAGAGGAUGUUUAAGCAUGUGAAAGUAAACCAUGAAAGUGUUAAAAGUACUAAUAUAUUCUAUUCUACAUGUUGACGGCAGA